AUGCCGGCGUCCCCAGCGGAGGAGGGGGGCUGGGGGCCGCCGCCUCCAUGGUGGCUCGUGGAGCAAGAAAGGAAGAAGCAGGAGGAGCGCGAGCGCAAGAAGAAGAAGGAGGAGGAGUAUCGGCGUCAGGAAGCAGAAGGGGGGAGCUCGGCGGACCCCAAGCGGUCAGCGCAGCUGGCUCUGGAGGCCGGGCCAGCGGCUUCGAAGGGCUCGACCGACGCCCCAAUCCCUGUGGAGGAGACGGAUGGGUCAGAAUGCUUCAAAUGUGGCCGGGUGGGCCAUUAUCAGAACAUGUGCCACUUCAAGCCUCUCUGCGUCAUGUGCCAUGAGGAGGGGCACGCGUUGGUGCACUGCCCCACGCGGGGUCGGCCUCUGAUGCUGCAGAUCAUGGGCAACACCAUCCCUGGCGAGGGAUUUUUCUGCCUUCCUUUCGUGGAGACGGAAGGCGAGGAGGUGCGUGCCCGGCUGGUGGCGGAUGCAGCGGUCAUCUUGGCAGCGCCUGGAAUGCUGUCAUUCCCCAUCUUGGAGGUGGAGCUCCCCCACCUCUUCGACGGGGAGUGGGACUGGCAGGUGACGGCGGUCGGCGACAACAUGUUCUUGGUCGUCUUCCCCAACAAGGCCAUGCUGCGGAUGGCGACUCGCAGCGGCAAGCUGUUCCUCUCCCUCAACAACAUCAUGGCAGAAAUCAAGGAAUCUCUCCCGGAGGAGCCCAAGCCCGAGAUCAUGCCGGACGUGUGGGUCAAGUUGUGGGGCGUGCCUCCCAAACAUCGCCGUGUGGAUCGCCUCAUGGCUGGGACUGUGAUGAUUGGUCACCCCAUGGAGGUGGACAAAGCGUCGCUGGUGGGGCUCGGGCCGGUGCGGAUGCGUUUCGCAUGUCGUUCCCCGGCCAAGCUGUGUGGAUAUGUUCAACUUUGGUUCAAUAGUGAGGGCUACACCAUUCGGUUGGAGGCCGAGGCGGACGGUCUGCAGGGAGCUGCGCCCCCUCCCCCUGCUAGCUUGGACAAGGGCCCGGAUGGCAAGGAUAAGGAUCGCGACACGAGCAUGGGUGAUGACUCUAUCGAUACGGCGUCUUGGGACAAGCUGGGUAUCAAGGACAAGGAUUCGGCGGCCAUGGCUCCUGCUGGGGGGCUGCGAAGGACCAGGAAGAGCGUCAAGUUGUAG